AAAUAUUCAGGUUUUUAAGGGCUUUUAAGUAUAAAAAAUGAGUUUUCUAUAUGAAGAACGCAGAAGAAAAUCUAUGUCUAAUUCACCGUUCUCAAAUUCAUCAUUUACACAAGAUUUAUAUAAUGAAUCACCAGAAUCUAUAAAUUCAUUAAAAAAAUCAAGAAAUUCAUUAAAUUCAGGAGAAAUUAGGAAUUAUGAAUCACCAAUAUCGUCAGAAAUUUAUAGAUAUUGUUCUUCAGAUGGUAGAAACAUAAGUAGAUAUGCUUCAGAAACAAAUUUGCAUUCACCUCAUUUAUUUUUUCGCUCAAAGAUGCAAAGAAAAGCAAAUCAAGAGCCUCCAAUUGGAUUUUGGAGGCAUCCUUCAUUAGAUAUUAUUUUUAAAAGGGUUAGAAGAGUGGGAGUUAGCGAAGAAACAAUCAAAAGAUUAAUUGUCAAUGUAUUAGCUAUUAUUAUUAUUCAAUGGGUGAAAAACUAUCUUAAUAAGAAAAGGUUUAUUGAGACAUAUUUAAAAGAAUAUAAUAGUUUAAAAGUAUAUUUUAAAUAUUUUAACAUAUUUAUCCACGUUGUUCUGCUUUAUAAUGUUAUCGAAGCAACAUUGAGGCUUGUUAGGCCGAAAGAUACAUUUUUAGAUCUUUCAUUAACACCAGUACAAAGGAAAUUAUUUGGACUUGAUCCUCAUGUAUUUCCUUCUUCUUCAUUAAAUAACACAAUUACUCCUCCAAGAUAUGUGAAAAGUUCUCCGCAGACGAGACAAUCGCCACGUCCCUCCCCACAACAGGUAACUCCAUAUAAUGGAAGUUCUCAGUCAUCUUGUCCAAAUACUGAAACAAAAAAUCCUUCAAAGCUUUCACCAUUUUACAAUGAAUUAUCAUCAUCAUCACCAACUCUUAUGAACAUAAAUUCAUCAUCUACAAGCCUUUCAAAUGAUGAAUUUCGGAACAGAACACAGUAUAUACCAAGUUCCCGGUAUUUAUAUAAACGAUACUCAUUAAACAAUCUUCCAACAUAUUAACAUUGUAAAGAAUAAUACAUAGUUCAAUCUAUUUUGCACUGCUUUUCUUUUUGUCUUAAUAAAUUUUCCACAGAUCCAGG